AUGUGUCAUCUUUUCUCGGAUAUCUCCGCGGUCUGCGAUCGCCGCACCCCUGAAAGGGCGCCCGCUUCUGACAGGGUCAGCGCCCCCGCAGCGAUGGCGCUGGCGCAGCAGCGGCGCGCCGCGGUUCUGUCGUACCCGCCGUUGAAACGGCGCGGCCCGGCGGGGUCGCUGGCGCGCGUGAUCGGCGACGACGGGCUCCGCGCAGACGGACGGUCGCUGGAGGAGAGCCGCGCCGCGUUCCUCAAGGCAAAGACGGUCACACAAGCGGCAGGGUCGGCGUAUGCAGAGUUUGGCAACACCAAAGUGAUUGUUUCAGUCUUUGGCCCAAGGGAGAGUCGCAAGGCGGAGCAAUCGGUGGGGGGGAAGGGGCGCCUCAAAUGUGAUGUCAGAAUUGCACCCUUUGCCACGCCCAACCGGAACAGCAGCACGCAGGGAGCAGAGGAGCGGUUAGCAAGCGAGGUGGAGAGUGCGCUACUGCCGGCUAUUCAGUUGCACCUCUUCCCCAAGGCCACGCUUGACGUCUCGCUGCUGCUGCUGGAGUCUGGCGGAGCUGACGUGGCAGUGAUGAUCACAGCAGCGUCCAUGGCGCUGGCAGAUGCAGGCGUGCACCUCAACGACCUGGUUACUGCAUCGGUUGUGUCUCGCCCGUCUCUCAUGCAUUUCCAACUGGAAUCCUCACCUAUCUCUCAUGCACCACUCACCAUCCUUCCUGUUCUUGCUCUCCGCACCUACGUUCCUCCCUUCCCGGCCUCCUCUCCAACAUCAAAUCAGAGCAUCUGUCGUGGCGACCUACUAUUGGACCCCAGUUCUAAGGAGGAGCGGGUGGAGGAGGGGCGGGUGGUGGUGGCGCUGAUGCCAUCACUAAACGAGGUGGUGCUGUGCAAUGUCACCGGGAACAUGUCGGUCAAACGAGUCAAUGAAGCGGUGGAGCUGGGUAUUGCUGGGUGCAUGAGACUAGAUGAAGUGUUACGAGCUACACUCAGGGACGAAGCAGCAGCUGCUUUAACAUGA